GCUUCCUCUCUCCAACAUGGCGCAGGAGGCAGGUUGUUAACGGCGAGCUGAGGGAUUUACGCCACCUUCUGUAUUUAUUUAUGUUCGUGAGGAAAGGGCUCUGCGGCUGACAUUUCCAAAGGAAUACAUCUCCAUUUCGAGGCGGCUGCAGCCCACCCCCCCUUUCCCCCCCAGCCCUCCCUGGGACCGGGCAACACCUCGCUCCAAUUCCGUUGCGACAUGUUUGAGGGGAAAAAAACGAAGAASAUGUUCCUCACACGAGCUCUGGAAAAGAUCCUGGCCGACAAGGAGGUGAAAAAGGCUCACCACUCCCAGCUGCGCAAAGCCUGCGAGGUGGCACUGGAGGAAAUCAAGGAGGAAUCAAAAAAAUUAAGUCCACCCAGUAGCGAUGGCAAAUCCAGCUCCAGCACUUUACCGCCAAUCAAAUCAAAGACAAACUUCAUCGAAGCCGACAAGUACUUCUUGCCUUUUGAGCUGGCUUGUCAGUCCAAAUGUCCCCGCAUCGUCAUCACCUCCCUCGACUGUUUACAGAAGCUGAUAGCAUAUGGCCACCUGACGGGCAGCGCCCCGGACAGCACGGCCCCGGGCAAGAAGCUCAUCGACAGGAUCAUCGAGACCAUCUGUGCUUGUUUUCAAGGACCUCAGACUGAUGAGGGCGUGCAGCUACAGAUUAUUAAGGCCCUGCUGACGGCCGUGACCUCUCAGCACAUAGAGAUCCAUGAAGGCACCGUGCUGCAGGCCGUGCGCACCUGCUACAACAUCUACCUGGCCAGCAAGAACCUCAUCAACCAGACGACAGCGAAGGCCACGCUCACGCAAAUGCUCAACGUCAUCUUCGCUCGCAUGGAGAACCAGGCGCUUACAAAUCACAAGCUAUCUUGGUCUCUGGCCUCCAGAAAGCGUGACCGCCAGCUGCAGGAAGCGAAGCAGCUGGAGAGAGAUCGGCACCGGCAGCACUCCGAGCCCGAGUCCCCGCAGCUGCAGACCCCCGUACACCCACCCGCCAAGCCUCCCACCCAGGAGGCCAACGGCCCCGUCAGCCCUCCGACCCCGAACAUCGCCUUCCCGUCCACCCCGUCCACCCCUUCCACGCCGGCCACAGAGUCCAGCAGCAGGUCUGAGUCCGGAGAGCCRGGAGAGCAGGGGGGCGUCUACGAAAACCCGGAUCCUGAGAACGGUUCAGAGUUCUGCGUGGCUGAAAACGAGCAGACGGAGGCGGAUCAAGCCACUGCAGCAGCUGCACAGACCUCCAAACAGCAUGAAAGAGCAGGUGAGGAGGAGGUUCUAAACUAUGAAGAGAAAGCCCAGGAAAUAGUUCAGAGUAUUCUGCAGGAGGUCGUCAACACUGUCGCAGGAGGCCACUGCCUGGACCCUGCAAACCUCUGCUCUGACACAAAGGAGUCGGCGGGCGAGCCGGCCGAGCAGCAGCCCGCCGAGGCGGCGACGGAGGAAACCCAGAGCUCGCUGGAGGACGAGGGCACGGCGGGGAGCGACAGCGAGCACGUCCACGCCAACGGCAUUCCCGGCACGCCCAUCUCCGCCAGCUUCACGCCCUCGUUGCCCGACGACAGGCUGUCUGUCUCCUCCACCGACACUCAGGAAUCAGGAGCGACACCAGGACAGCCGCCAGGAGCUAAAUUCUCCCACAUCCUGCAGAAAGAUGCUUUCCUCGUCUUUCGCUCGCUCUGCAAGCUGUCGAUGAAGCCGCUUUCAGACGGACCGCCCGAUCCCAAGUCCCACGAGCUGCGAUCGAAGGUUCUGUCCCUUCAGCUCUUGCUGUCGAUCCUGCAGAACGCCGGCCCCAUCUUCAAAACCAACGAGAUGUUCAUCAACGCCAUCAAGCAGUACCUGUGCGUGGCUCUGUCCAAGAACGGCGUCUCCUCCGUGCCCGAGGUCUUCGAGCUGUCGCUCUCCAUCUUCCUCACGCUGCUCUCCCACUUCAAGACGCACCUGAAGAUGCAAAUCGAGGUGUUCUUCAAAGAGAUUUUCCUGUAUAUUCUUGAAACGUCGACAAGCUCCUACGACCACAAGUGGAUGGUCAUACAGACCCUCACCAGGAUCUGCGCAGAUGCCCAGAGCGUGGUGGACAUCUACGUGAACUACGAUUGUGACUUGAAUGCUGCUAACAUUUUUGAACGCUUGGUCAAUGACCUCUCGAAAAUUGCACAGGGCCGAGGAGGCCACGAGCUCGGCACGACGCCUCAACAGGAGUUGACUUUGAGAAAGAAAGGCCUCGAAUGUUUGGUGUCCAUCCUGAAGUGUAUGGUGGAGUGGAGCAAAGACCAGUACGUCAACCCGAACUCCCAGACCAGCCUCGGCCAGGAGAAACCUUCGGAACAGGAGAGCACAGAGUCCAAGGCCUCAGAGACCAUWAAUCGCUAUGGGAGCAUCAACUCUUUGGACUCCACCGCCUCGUCUGGGAUCGGCAGCUACAGCACCCAGAUGUCRGGAACCGACAACCCCGAGCAGUUCGAAGUCCUCAAGCAGCAGAAGGAGAUCAUCGAACAGGGGAUUGACCUGUUUAACAAGAAACCAAAGAGAGGAAUCCAGUACCUUCAAGAGCAAGGCAUGCUGGGAACCACCCCAGAGGACCUUGCUCARUUUUUGCACCAAGAAGAGAGGCUUGACUCGACUCAGGUGGGAGAGUUUCUCGGAGAUAACGAUCGCUUCAACAAAGAGGUGAUGUACGCCUACGUGGAUCAGAUGGACUUCCAGGGCAAAGAUUUCGUUUCUGCUCUAAGGAUGUUCCUGGAGGGCUUCCGGCUCCCCGGCGAGGCGCAGAAGAUCGACCGGCUCAUGGAGAAAUUCGCAGCGAGAUACUUGGAAUGCAACCAGGGGCAAACRCUCUUUGCCAGCGCUGACACUGCAUAUGUUCUUGCCUACUCCAUCAUUAUGUUGACGACAGACCUUCACAGUCCACAGGUGAAAAAUAAAAUGACUAAAGAGCAAUAUAUCAAGAUGAACCGCGGCAUCAAUGACAGCAAAGACCUGCCCGAGGAGUAUCUGUCGGCCAUUUAUGAUGAGAUCGCGGGGAAGAAGAUCGCCAUGAAGGAGACAAAAGAACUGACCAUGAAGUCCAACAAGCAGAGCGUAGCCAGCGAGAAGCAGAGGCGACUGCUGUACAACGUGGAGAUGGAGCAGAUGGCCAAGACGGCCAAGGCUCUGAUGGAGGCCGUCAGCCACGUGCAGGCUCCCUUCACCAGCGCCACGCACCUGGAGCAUGUCAGGCCAAUGUUCAAGCUGGCGUGGACGCCGUUCCUGGCUGCUUUCAGCGUGGGCCUGCAGGACUGCGAUGACACCGACGUGGCCUCGCUGUGCCUGGAAGGAAUACGCUGCGCCAUCAGGAUAGCGUGCAUCUUCUCCAUACAGUUGGAGAGGGAUGCAUACGUGCAGGCUCUGGCGAGGUUCACCCUGCUGACGGCGAGCUCGGGCAUCGCAGAAAUGAAGCAGAAGAACAUCGACACCAUCAAGACCCUCAUCACUGUGGCUCACACUGACGGCAACUACCUGGGCAACUCCUGGCAUGAGAUCCUGAAGUGCAUCAGUCAGUUGGAGCUGGCUCAGCUGAUUGGUACGGGGGUGAAGGCGCGCUACAUCUCAGGGACGGUGAGGGGCAGAGAGGGCUUUAUCACGAGCACGAAGGAGCAGAGCAGCGACGAGUACCUCGGUUUAGUUGGAGGAACGGUGGACCGUAAGCAGAUCGCGAGCAUUCAGGAGUCCAUUGGAGAGACGAGCUCUCAGAGUGUGGUGGUAGCUGUGGACAGGAUAUUCACAGGUUCCACCAGACUAGAUGGAAAUGCAAUAGUGGAUUUUGUGCGCUGGCUGUGUGCCGUAUCCAUGGAUGAGCUGGCCUCGCCUACACAUCCACGUAUGUUCAGCCUGCAGAAGAUAGUUGAGAUCUCUUAUUACAACAUGGGGCGCAUCAGGCUGCAGUGGUCCAGGAUCUGGGAGGUCAUUGGAGACCACUUUAACAAGGUUGGUUGUAAUUCCAAUGAAGAUGUAGCCAUUUUCGCCGUGGACUCUCUCAGGCAGCUGUCCAUGAAGUUCUUGGAGAAAGGGGAGCUGGCCAACUUCAGGUUCCAGAAGGACUUUCUGAGGCCUUUCGAGCACAUCAUGAAAAAGAACCGGUCUCCCACAAUCAGGGACAUGGUGGUGCGCUGCAUCGCCCAGAUGGUUAACUCCCAGGCAGCGAACAUUCGAUCGGGCUGGAAGAACAUCUUCUCGGUCUUCCACCUGGCUGCGUCUGACCAGGACGAGAGCAUCGUGGAGCUGGCCUUCCAGACCACCGGACAUAUCGUCACGAAUGUAUUUGAAAAGCACUUUGCGGCCACCAUYGACUCCUUCCAGGACGCCGUCAAGUGUCUGUCGGAGUUCGCCUGCAACGCCUCUUUUCCAGACACCAGCAUGGAAGCCAUCCGCCUCAUCCGCCACUGCGCCAAAUACGUCUCAGAGAGGCCCCAGGCCUUUAAAGAUUACACCAGUGAUGACAUGAAUGUAGCGCCUGAGGACCGCGUUUGGGUCCGAGGCUGGUUCCCCAUCCUCUUUGAGCUGUCCUGCAUCAUCAACAGGUGUAAACUGGACGUCAGGACCAGGGGGCUCACGGUGAUGUUCGAGGUGAUGAAGACCUACGGGCACACCUUUGAGAAGCACUGGUGGCAGGACCUGUUCAGGAUCGUCUUCAGGAUCUUUGAUAACAUGAAGCUGCCCGAGCAACAAACCGAGAAAGCCGAGUGGAUGACCACCACAUGCAAUCACGCACUUUACGCCAUCUGCGACGUCUUCACCCAAUACUUCGAGUCGCUCAACGGCCUCCUGUUGGACGACAUCCUGGCUCAGCUCUACUGGUGUGUGCAGCAAGAUAACGAGCAGCUCGCCCGCUCAGGCACCAACUGUCUGGAGAACGUGGUCAUCCUGAACGGGGAGAAGUUCUCUCUGGAGACCUGGGACAAAACGUGCAACUGCAUGCUGGACAUCUUCAAGACCACAAUCCCACACGCGCUGCUAACGUGGAGACCAGCAGGAGCAGAAGGAGAGCACUACACAACACAUAGCAUGUCUGACAAACAGCUGGACUCAAUUUCCCAGAAGUCCUUGGACAUUCAGUCCCGCUCCGACGACCAGCACUCCAUCAGCAGCACUGACAGGGCUGCCAUGGAGAACCGGCGUCAGAGCCAGCACAGCUCGGCCUCCGGUUUGUCCGAGGACGUCUUGAGGAGCAGGAACCCGACAAAGAUCCAGGAGCAGCGGUUGUUUUCGGCUCUGCUGAUAAAAUGCGUCGUGCAGCUGGAACUGAUCCAGACCAUCGAUAACAUCGUGUUCUUCCCCGCCACCAGUAAGAAGGAAGACGCCGAGAACUUCGCCGCUGCUCAGCGGGAUGCGGUGUGUGUGGUAGAUGUCCAGGUGGAGCCCCAGGACCAGGGGAUGUACCGCUACCUGACCUCACAGCAGCUCUUCAAGCUGCUGGACUGCCUGCUGGAGUCGCAUUGCUUUGCCAAGGCUUUCAACUCCAACAACGAGCAAAGAACUUUACUGUGGAAAGCAGGUUUCAAAGGCAAGUCGAAGCCCAACCUGUUGAAGCAGGAGACCAGCAGUUUGGCGUGCGGGAUGCGUAUUCUGUUCAGGAUGUACACUGAUGAGAGGAGGCGGGACGCCUGGGAGGAGGUCCAGAGACGACUGCUCAAUGUGUGCAGCGAGGCUGUAGCGUACUUCCUGGCUCUGACAUCAGAGAGUCACCGAGAGGCGUGGACCAACCUGCUGCUGCUCUUCCUCACCAAGGUGCUGAAGAUCAGCGACGAACGGUUCAAGGCCCACGCGGCCAGGUACUACCCCCUCCUGUGUGAGAUCAUGCAGUUCGACCUGAUCCCCGAGCUCCGAGCCGUUCUGAGGAGGUUCUACCUGCGCAUCGGCAUCGUCUUUCACAUCGCACAGCUGCCUGGACCCGAGCCGGACCCGGGGCCCCAGCGGGGCCGGGUCGAGCCUGAAACGGACACGGAGGUCGGGGAGGAGGCCGGGGAGGAGGCCCAGUGAUGCUGCGCCUCCAUUUAACAAAAAAAAUCCCUGCUGAAGCCCCGCCCCCGUCAGAUCUGUGUGGCCGUGCUGCACCUCCUCAGGGCCCUCUGUGUGUUUCAAAUCAAACACUUGACUUUAAGAGUCGAUCGUGGAUCAGCUCCCUGCCCACACCCCGUCACCGCACACAAAGAGCCCAGGUGGAGUCCUCGGUGCACCAGGUGUAGCGACGCCUCCACUGACUACUGAUCAAGUUACCCAUAUGGCUGAUCUAAAAGAGUAUAUUUCAACAUGUGUGCUUCUUACUGUAUAUUUAAAGUGAAGGGUGAAUGAUCUCAACAUGCAAACUCUACGUACUCGACAACUAUGAAAUGUGACAUUUAUCAGGCGCACUGCAGACGGCUAACAUCAGUACUGAUGAAACUAGUUGUACAGAUCUAUGUAAUAUAAUCCUAUAACACUAGAUUUUCUUUAUUUUUCUUUAUUUGAUUUUGAGUUUUCCUCUGGAUUUGCUGCACUUAUUUUUUUUAAUGCACUGGAGAUUUUACUUUUUGUGAUAAUUUAUUUGACUGCACCACCUCCUGCAGCUGAUCCCUCACCGUAAUGAAGCCAGACUGUGAGAAAGUGAAGGGUUAAAUUAUUCCAUUUUAUAUAUUUGUUCUUAGGUUUUUAAUGGAUUUAAGAAACAAACAAAAAGAUGAGCAAACUGAAGCUAGCUGCUUUUUUGAGUCACUAUUUUCUGUUUUCAUGUGAGUUUAGCUUAUCACUUUUGUGUACAAAAUCAAAGGUUAAUAAUAUAUUUAAUGUUUUUGUUCAUUUUGUUUUUGUUUUUUUGUUUUGCGGGGAGGGGGGGCGGAGCUUACAUGUAUAGAGAAAAUGACAAACGUCAGCUGUGCUUUAAGUAUGAAUGGGAUGCAUUCCUGCUCAUGGAUGUAGAAAACAAAAUGUAUAUGAUACAGCAAUGUAAAGUUUUCUAUCUUUCAAAAGAUUAUGUACGACUUUCUGUACAAAACAUCAUCUGGCAUUCUAAUCAGGUUCUAGAUCAAUAAAGUUUUUGAACUUG